AUGAGCCUAAAAUUUAUGGCGUUUGUCUGUGCUCUGCUGCUCUUAUGUACCUUGGGCCAUGUCCUGUCGGCCGCGACCACAGUGCGUCCCUACAAGUUCGGCUUCACCAUCGACGAGCAGCAGCAUCGGGCGGAGAAGAGAGAUGAACGCGGCAUUAUCAUGGGCGAGUUUGGGUUCAUCACCGCCGAUGGUAUCUAUCACGUGACGGUCUAUGCCACCGACGAGGAGGGCAAAUUCCGGAUAAUCUCCAUGAAGAGCUAUCCUUACGCGGGUCCAGUUGGUCCAAAAAGUGUUCCUGUGACAACGACUCCAAAGGUUCUGCUUCCUGCAGCUCCGGUGGCUCUGCCCAAGUAUAACUUCAACUCGGAGGCCUGUUCCGGUUGUUUCCUGAAAAAGUCCCCUCCCAAGACGGAAAUUCGCACACUUUCACAGCCAUUGGCUGCAGUUCAACCAGGUAAGCCCGAUGGCUCUUCAGACAUCGGCCUGAAUGUGCAGUUGCCCUUCCGGGAAUCCAUUGCACAGACUGUGGAAAGUCGUCUUGGUUUGCUUCAAGAUGCAGUGCAAACUUCCAACACAAACACGAAAGCACCAAACACUAAAACAAUCGAACUUGGUCUCAACUUAGCAAUGAACACAUACUACACAACAAAGAAUGCUGUAACCGGACAUGUGAGCACACAGACCUCCAAUUCGCAAUCUCCGAGUGCCAACACAAAGAUCGACUACAAUGUGGGCGUGGUCGAGAAGGCUUCACCGCCGGUUUAUCCGCCAUUGAACAUCCGGUUAGACGAGGACGUUAUAAGACAAGCUAUUACAUAUGCCAACAGGAUACCUGGCCCUUGGAUACCUGUGCCCUUGGCCAAUCAGCCGCUUGUUGAGCCCUCUUUGGUGCCAGCGAGCCAAGUGAAAGUCUUCGCUGCAGAUGGAAAUGCAAAGGUUCCACUUGCCAGUAACAUUCAAUCCGUAGCACAACAUCCGAACGCGGGCCUUAAACACAUUAAUAGAUCGGGAGUUUCUUCUGCGAAAACAUUGGCCAAUUCGAAGACAAGACCCCCACACUCACUAAACCCACACCAAACACCUCUUUUGAGUGCAGCAACCGGCCCGGCAAUUUCUGGAGUGACAGCGAAUACACCAACCGGAAGUGCACCCUCAAAUGGUGGAAGCAUCGCGGCGGGUAGGGCGCCUAGUAAUCCACAAGCUGGCGGAUCUGGAGGCAUUCUCGGUGUGGGAGCUCCAGGAGGAAGAAAAGUCUCGGGUGGUGGAAUUGGUUCUGGAAGCGGCCUUGGAGGAGUCUCGGGAGGAAGCAAAGCCUCAGGAAUCGGCGGUGCAAUUGGACCUGAGAGUGGAAGUGGAGGAGGUAUUACUGGCAGCAAAACUUCAGGAUUUGGCGGAGGAAGUGGGUCUGGUCGUGGAAGUGCAUCAAGUGCAACGGGUGAUUUGUACAAAUUCAAGUACAUCCUGGACUACAAUGGACACGAGGAGACCGGCGGUCGCAAUGGUGACAAACAGGGUAGCUACUUCGCCAUCGGCGAGGAUGCAGUGCAGCGGACCAUUGAGUACAUUGCGAACGAGUUUGGAUUCCAGCCCCACGUCAGCUGGCGGAAAUUGGACGCCAAGGAAGCGCUGCCCGAGGAGAAUUCACUGAAGCACUACGAGUUUAAAUGGUUUAAUCAGGAAUAGUAAUGAUACGGAGAUUUUCCGGUGGAUUAUUCCAAGACUA